AUUAACGACUUGGCCUGUCAAAAGAACUAUCUCUUUUUUAACUUUCUUGUUGACACAUUCCAAUCAGAGGUUUUUGGCAUAUAUAUAUAUAUAUAUACAGAGUCCCAAUCUCUUAAGAGUUCUCUCCACUCUUACAUAGAUCUCUUAAGCUGGCAAUAUGGAGUCCCAACAAGAAGAAUCAGCAGCAGCAGCAGCAGCACUUGACAUGAUAAAAGUGCUUGAGAUAACAUCAGAAAGUCACAAGGGGACGAAGGAAAGUUCUGAUGAUCGGUCAGAGGUUGCUUCUGGAAAACAGACGACGGAUUGGGUGACGGAUCUUGACGAGGUGGAGGAGAUUCUCCACUACAAGUUCAAGAGCAAGAAGUUGUUAGAGGAGGCUCUUACACAUGCCUCAUUCUCCGAUCAGUGCUUUUCUUACGAGCGGUUAGAGUACGUUGGUGAUUCGGUGCUAAACCUGCUGUUCACAAAAGAACAGUACUUCUUGUACCCGGAUUUGCCACCGGGGCCUUUAACCCGACUCAGAUCAGCCAACGUAGAUACAGAGAAGCUAGCUCGUGUUGCCAUCAAACACAAAUUGCAUCGGUAUUUACGGCACAAGAUGCCUCUCCUUGAGGAACAAAUUCGGGAAUUCUCGCAAGCAAUCUUGGACUAUCCCUUGCACUCUAACGGUCUUGUUGAAACACCAAAAGCACUAGCUGACAUUGUUGAAGCAGCAAUAGGAGCUGUUUUCAUUGACAGCAAUUUCUCCAUUGAUGUUGUCUGGAAGAUUUUCAAGGAUUUGUUGGAGCCCAUAAUUAGUCAAGAAACACUGAAAGUUCAUCCCGUGACAGAGCUGUAUGAAGUGUGCCAGAAGCGGAAUCUUCAGGUAAAAUUUGUGGAUUUGUGGAAAGAGAGCAUGGCUUUCGAUGUUUUCAUCGAUGGCCAGUUUGUGGGCAGAGGCAGCCAUGGCCUGAAGAAAGAAAUUGCGCAUAAUAGAGCAGCGAGGAAUGCACUGAACAAUAUUGGAAAAAUAUUGAGCGAGAAAGAUUGCUCUCAUUGAAGAUAGAUACAGAUCCUUCUGGGGUUUUGAAAAUAUUGGUGUGAGCAUUAUAUGAUUUAAUUGAGUUAUUAAAUUUAUAUACAGAUUAUAGGUUUGACAAGUUAUGCUGUGAAAUCUGAGUCGAUUUAAUAUUGAGCGAGAAAGAUUGCUCUCAUUGAAGAUAGAUACAUAUCCUUAUGGAGUUUUGAAAAUAUUGGUGUGAGCAUUGUAUGAUUUAAUUGAGUUAUUAAAUUUAUAUACAGUUUAUAGGUGUGACAA